CCCACCCUCCCUCCCUCCCUCCCACUACUUACGUCUCAUCAUCACUGUUCGUACCCACCACCUCUGACACAGAUUCACUCCACACACACGACCAUUUAUUCAACCAACAACAACAGUCAGUCAGUCAGUCUCAUCUAUCUCAUGGCCGGAACUUCAAAUGAUUCCUCUUCUUCCUCAAUCUCCCCUCUUUCUUCCCCUUCUUCCAUCGUUUUUGUCGAUUUGUACGGCAAACGUCGUCAGGUUGCUAAGGUUCAGGUUCUCGAGCGUGAGAUUGGCUUGCUUCAGGAUGAGAUUAAAUCACUUGCAGAGCUUGAAGUUGCAUCAAGAUGCUGCAAAGAACUUGAAGAUUAUGUAGAAGCUACACCGGAUCCACUCGUCGUGAUAAAUCAGGUUCGUGGUAGAUCCAGAAGCUGCUGGAAAAAUCUUUGGAGAAAAAUUGGCUCGGUGUUACGGUGUUGUUGCUGUUGUGGCUGUUGCAACACAAAAGACCGAUGCGCGUGUUUUUCAUGUGCAAAAGGCUGCUGUUGUUGGGGUGGUCGAAAGAAGACAUGUAGCUCAGGAUGUUGCAAGUGUCCCGAGCUUACAUGCAACUGUUGCUGCAAUCCUACUUGCCCUAAAUGUUCGGUUUGUUGCUGUUGUAAUCCAUGUUCAUGCUUUUAAAUUACUUGUAUGAUACGAGAUCUAAAAUUAUAGUAGAUCGUUAAAUUCGUUGAUUGUUUGUAAACGUUAUGUCACUGCAUAGGUACUUUGAGAUAAAGCCCAAAAACCGGUAUUCACCUUUCGGUGAUUAGUGAUAUUAGUGAUAAGCUUUGGUAACUUGUACCAAAAUUAUAUAAGAUCACCAGGCUCUUUGAUAUCUUUCUGCAGGAAUUACAUAUUCGAUGCUCGAGUGUUCGGCGAUCAACAAAAACAAUAAACUCAUCAAAUGGUAUUAUUUACAAGCUAUUCAACGGAUGGCGCAAUGGUAAGCGUCUGAUUCCCUUCUAGUAAGAAGUCCAGGGUUGAAUGAUGGAAUGGAGUUCUAUUUAAACUUACCUUGCAUCCGCAAGAGAGAGAAACAUAUAUUGAAGCAAAUUAUUUAUAUCUGCAAUUGACCUGAGCUCGUUCCAACGUCCCCGGCUAGAAAAGACCCGUUUACCUCCCAGAGGAUGAGAUCAGUUUGGCCUCGAUCAAGUUCUUGAUCUACUAAAGUUUAGCAUUUGUUGAAUAAAUCCUCUACGAAGAAUGCAAGUAUAUAUGAAUCUACUGCUGCCGAUUCA